CUUAAAAACAUACAAAAAGAAAAAACCGGGCCCUCGACCGUUUCAACAAAUUUUGCCUUUUAAGUAUUUUAUUUGCAGUCAAAUUCAGUCGGCCUCGGUCUCGUCAAUCUCCAGCCCUAAUUUUUGUUCAGCGGAACCAAACGGACCCUAAUUGACAUCAAUUUUACCAUUUUUGGAAAUCAACUCCAGAUUUCCCUCACUUUAAAUUCUUCAAUUCUUUCUAAUUUUAACCUUAAUUUACAUACCUCAUAUCUUUAUUUGUUUAUUAUUAUUUUUAUAACUCCUUGUUCUUGAAAGAAGCUGUCACUUGUGAUUUGUGAAGUUUCUGCUAAAUUAAAUUUUAGGGUCUAAUUUAUUCAGCAAUUUGGAGAAGGCAAAAGUAGUUGAGGAAGUUGAAUGUGGCGGAAAGAGUGAAAGUGAAGUUUCUGAAAGGGUUUGAAUUCUUCGCAUCAGUCCUGGGAUGAGUUCUGCAAAUAUGGUUGGCUUGUGUAGUAACAAUCUUGGAGGUGGGGAGAGAGAGACUGUUAAGUUGGAAUCAGAAUUGGUCGAAAGUUCAAUACCACUAAUGGAAUACUGUGAAGCUGACUCCUUGCCAUAUCAAAAAUCCUCAAGCAGCUGUGGGAGGCAAGAUUCUGCAGCUACUGAGCAGAGUGGCACAACUGUGUUGGAUCAAGAUCGGUCUCCGAUAGAUGAUUCAAGCCUUUGUUCUACAUCACAAAUAUGUCCAGCACCCCUAUCUCGCCAGUUCUGGAAAGCUGGAAAUUAUGAUGAAGGGCGUGCUACUAAAUCUACCCUUAAAAAAGGCUCCAGUUUCCUGCACAUUCACCCCAAGUUCCUUCACUCAAACGCCACUUCCCAUAAAUGGGCAUUUGGUGCCGUGGCAGAGCUUCUUGACAAUGCUGUUGAUGAGAAAAUUGAUGCCAUGUGGUGUUGCAAUCUCUGGAACAUCAAGAACUUAAAUUGGCAGAACAAUGAUAAAACCCCAAAUCCAAGGAAUGGAAGUUCAGCUUUAUUGGUUCAAGAUGAUGGCGGUGGAAUGGACCCAGAAGCCAUACGUCGUUGUAUGAGCUUUGGGUUUUCGGAUAAGAAGUCAACUUCAACUAUUGGACAGUAUGGAAAUGGUUUUAAGACCAGUUCAAUGCGACUCGGGGCAGAUGUUAUUGUCUUUAGCCGCUGCAAAAAGAACAGGAAAUUGACACAAAGUAUUGGGCUUCUAUCUCAGACAUUUCUGACUCGAGCAGGCCUUGACAGAAUAGUGGUUCCUUUGCUUGACUUUGAGUUCUGUGCAGCAGCUAGAAAAUGGAAUUCAUUAAACGGUGAACAGCAUUUUAGGAAUAACCUCUCGUUGUUGUUGUGCUGGUCUCCAUUUGCAACAGAAGCAGAGCUUCUCAAGCAAUUUGAUGACAUUGGUGAUCAUGGCACAAAGGUGAUUGUCCACAAUUUGUGGUUUAAUGAUGAUGGCCGAAUGGAGCUCGACUUUGAGGCAGAUCCUGAGGAUAUUCGACUUUCGGGGGAUGCGAACGAUAAUGAGAAGAGUGGCUCUCGUAUUAAACCAAGCGACCAGCAUCUUGCAAACCGUCUUCGUUACUCACUCCGUGCAUAUUUAUCAGUGUUGUACAUGCGGAUCCCAGACCAUUUCUGUAUUCUGUUACGUGGGCGGGUUGUUGAAUUCCAUAAUAUUGCUAAGGAUCUGAAGUACCCUGAAUUUAUCAUGUAUAAGCCUCAAACUGUUGGAUUCAAAGAGGGUUCAGUCAUUACUACUAUUGGCUUCUUAAAGGAAGCUCCUGUGGUGAAUGUUCACGGGUUCAAUGUCUACCACAAAAAUCGUUUAAUACUGCCGUUUUGGCAUGUUGUGAGGUACUCUGAUAGUAGAGGCAGAGGAGUUGUGGGUGUUCUAGAAGCAAAUUUUAUUCAGCCAACUCAUAAUAAGCAGGACUUCGAGAAAACCCCUCUUUUUCAAAAGCUUGAAGUACGCUUAAAGGAGAUGACAUGGGAAUACUGGGAUCAUCACUGUGGGCUCCUUGGUUACUUUCCAAAGAAAAGCCUCCAGGGACCUACAACUCCUCUGGUUUCAUCUGCAUCUAGACAACAACACGGGACACAUAAACCCGUUGUCUUGGGUAAUAAUUCCUCAAGUGCUGUUGGUUCAAACAUUGCAGUAGGGGGAACUGUAACACCAGUUGAGUCGAGACAACAACACGGGACAUAUAAACCCGUUGUCUUGGGUAAUAACUCCUCCAGUGCUGUUGGUUCAAACAUUGCUGUACGGGGAACUGUAACACCAGUUGAGUCUAGACAGCAACAUGGGACAUAUAAACCCGUUAUCUUGGGUGAUAACUCCUCCAGUGCUGUUGGUUCAAACAUUGCAGUGCGGGGAACUGUAACACCAGUCUUUCAAAAUAACUCUAAACAAGGAGCUUCAAAAAGAAAAGCAGUUGAUCCUCCAAUAGAACUUGAAAACUUGAAAAGGACAGCUGGACUAGCAGUUGAUUUAACUGUUGUUGGGCAAAGUCAAGAAAUUAUGACUCUCAAUUCAACUGGUUUACAAGAUGAAGAGGCUGCCCAAUUCAUUCAGGAGAAUGAAAAGCUCCGAUCACAGUGCUUGGAAUGUGAGAAAAGGGAGGAAGAACUUCAUUCAAAGGUUAAUAGGCUUCGGAAGGAGCUAAAAGAAGCUCAGCGUAAGUAUGCGCAUUUGCUUGUGGAAUCAAGGUUAUUAGACAAAGUCAAGCCGGAGGAAGAUGUAUUUGUUUAAGGAAGUGCCCAUUCUUGCAAAUGAAUUUUAGUUUUAGCUAUUGUUGAUAAAGCCUUGUACCUUUCUCUGUUGCGGGGGAAUUUUACCACGAUUCCUCAUUUUCUUUCGUUUAUGGACCAUAAUGAUGGAAGGUGGGAAUCAAAGUUAUCGCAGAUUGGCGUUUGCCUCAUUGAUAUCUUUGUGACCUAGUUACCAUUUCUUUUAAUUUGGGUAAAAUUGCAUCUCAUUUUACGUGUUCCAACUCAAAUGAAAAUGGGUACAUUUUAUGGACUCAAA